GCAUGGGUAGGGUCCCUAGCGGCUGCUGGCCGCCAGCCCCGGCCUUCCUUUGUUCCGCGCCACCCCCUGGUGGUCAGCACACGUCAUAGCGAGUGAUCGAACUCCAGGUCAGUGGAACUCCUGAGGGGACACUGCAUAUUAGGCUUUUAUAUAUAUAGAUAGCUUUCUUCCAUAUGCAUAUCCGUUCAGGUUUUAAAAUGCAUGUGUUGUAUGAAUUUUAUAUUUAAUUUUUAGUUUAAUUGUGGUAUCUGCUAACAUUAUUUGCCACUCAGGGAUGAAAUCUAGCUUAUAACAACUUAGAAAAAUUACCCAUAACAACAUUGACGCCUUCAAGCCAGUUUAUUUUACAGGAUGCUGUAAGCCAGCGGUUCUCAACCUGUGUGUCGUGACCCCUUUGGUGGUCAAACGACCCUUUCACAGGGAUCGCCUAAGACCAUCCUUCAUAUCAGAUAUUUACAUUGCGAUUCAUAACAGUAGCAACAUUACAGUUAUGAAGUAGCAACAAAAAUAAUUUUAUGGUUGGGUCACAACAUGAGGAACUGUAUUUAAAGGGCCAGAAGGUUGAGAACCACUGCUCUAAGCUCUUAUCUAAUUGGCUGUUGCCUUUUAUGUCAUAAUCACAUCACCCAACAAACAGUAAGCAGUAUGUAGAGUUACAGCAGUGAAACUAGGAUUUUUUUCUCCCAAUGUAAAGUUUUUCUCUCUCUGCCUCUAAUAAAACAUCUGCAACUCAUACAACAUCUUUAAGAAUUUCUCACAAAAACAUGCUGGAAGACGGUGGAACCUGUUUUCACCUGGAAGAUUUUUUUCAUUUUGUUAUUUUAAAUUGAUUGCCAACAGAUGUGGGAGCCAUCUCUUUUCAUUGGAUUGGUCCUUGGCUUAUUAGGCAGAGAGAGAUGAAUCUACUCCAGAUUGGCACUCAGAGAAACAGCACUGUAUCGACCUGGCUGGCGAAAUUUACUCUUCUUUGGCUGCUUAGUCGGAACUGCUGCAGAGCCAGCGCUGUUUGGACCGCUUACAUGAACAUAUCAUUUCACGUUGGGAAUCGCAUGCUGUCAGAGUUGGGGGAAACUGGAGUAUUUGGAAGAAGCUCCACUCUGAAGAGAGUGUCCGGAGUUAUUGUGCCACCAGAUGGAAAAUCGCAAUAUGCCUGCAAUCCCAGUACCAGCUUCAGCAGAUCGAAGAACUCAAAGGUGUGGCUCGCACUUGUUGAACGGGGAGGUUGUCCCUUCACACAGAAAAUUAAGGUGGCCGUUGAGAAGGGAGCCAGCGGAGUGAUCGUCUACAACUUCCCAGGGACCGGCAACCAGAUUUUCCCCAUGUCUCAUCAAGCCUUUGAAGACAUUGUGGUCUUGAUGAUUGGUAACUUAAAAGGCAUGGAGAUUCUGCACUUGAUUCGGAAGGGAGUUCAUGUUACAGUCAUGGUGGAGAUGGGGAGGAAACACAUCAUCUGGAUGAAUCACUACUUUGUCUCUUUUUUGAUUGUCACCACCGCUACGUUUACGUACUUUGUCUUUUAUCAUAUUCGAAGACUUUGGGUAGCCAGGGUUCAGAGCAGGAGAUGGCUGCGCUUAGCAACAGAUCUCAAGCUAGCAUUUGGCCAGCUUCCGCUCCGGGUACUGAAAGAAGGGGAUGAGGAAGUCAGUCCCAACGGAGACAGCUGUGUAGUUUGCUUCGAGCUCUACAAGCCUAAUGACACAAUUCGUAUUCUGACUUGCAAACAUUUUUUCCACAAGAAUUGCAUCGACCCCUGGAUUCUGUCACAUGGAACAUGCCCCAUGUGCAAGUGUGACAUUCUUAAUGCUUUGGGAAUCCGAGUGGAUGUUGAAGACGGAACACAGUCACUGCAAGUUCUGAUGUCAAAUGAAUGGCCUGGUAUUCUGUCACCUAGUGAAGAGGGGACCGCUAGUGAGCUUCCUCCUGCAAGGCAGCCAGAUAAAGCGACCCACGUGGGAGAGGCGGCCGAGCGCACUCCUUCCCCGAAUGACAGCCAGCCUAACUCGGCAGAAGCCGUUCAUCCUUCACCUUGAUAGCAUGACCUUUGAGGAAGCGGAUUAAACCUGUUUGUCAAACCAGGUUCUAAUACUGACAAGCAGUUUGCUUGAAGUGUGGUUUUGUGUCCUUUUUGUUACUUUGGUAAUUUUCUACAUUCUUUGUCAAGCCCUAAAGACAGAAUAAAAAAAGAAAAAGAAAAGGCCUAGCAGGAUUUAAAAAAAAAAAAAUCUUUGCUAAAUGUAACUUUUUGUCAAUGUAUGUUACUCCUGUGAGUAUAGAUGUUUAUUUGUUUGUACACGUGCAUGUUAAAAGCAAGGACAAACU